AAUUUGCGUCUUCUGCUUCCGGGACUCGCAUUACCCCGGCAAACGACCCUUGCUCUCCCUUUCCGUUGCACACGCCUUUUCCGGUUUUUCUUGCCUCUACCAUUGUGCUGCCCCUGUGGCCAUAUUCUUGCCAAAAAAGGCAUCAGCGCAUCGGCAAUGGACCGAGGAAGCACUGUUUCGCCUCCACUUCAGCCGUUAAAAAAUACAGGCAUAAAAACAAUGUGCACAAGUGACUCCGGAGCAGGAAGCAACAGCUUCUAGGUUGCGAGAGCUCCGUUCAGCGUCAUUCGUCCCCGUCAGGCUCGUCCGGACCGCGCGUCCCGUUGCACACGAGGAAUUCUGCUUCUGAGUCUCACUGUCGACCCUCGAAAAACGUGACUGCGACCGGCCGCUUCCCCGAUUUCAGACAAGUAACUUCAUCGUAUGCACUUUUGCUGUGGUUCGCCUGUAGAAUUACAUCGCUUUUCGCAGAGACUUCCUCCGUAGCGGACGCACAGUGAACGGCCUGCCCGCAGCUUUCCCCUGCUGUCUUCCGAGACGAAGCAAUCUGUCUUCGGAUAUAUAGGCACUGUUUCGACUGUCUUCAAGUCUCUGAAGCUCGCUUCCACAACGACUUGCGUUCUUCCGAGGCGUCUGAAGGAGACGACCAACGCACGCCGUCAAACGGUUGUCAGUGCAACUUUGAGAUACCACAGGCACAACGACCAUUCCAUUCCGACUUCUCGCACGUUGCUCCACCAUGGCAAGCCCCGAUUCAACCGCCAUGAACGCCUGCAGCCAAGUGGAGGGUCACGGAACCGCUCCGGAUCCUCUGGAGAACUCGGAGCUGGGUGUGACCGUCAGUGAAGCUGAGCCUUCAGAAACGACGUCGCCCGCGCCCCUCCCCUCCGCAACCAGCAGCAGUGGACCUACGCUCGUGCUGCCCGCGAUUCCGGGAUUACCGAUCAAUAUGCCGGAGUUGAAGAUCCCGGAGGACUUGAAGAAGAUCCUUGCGAACCAGGAAACCCUGCAGAAACUUUCCAGCGCAUGCAUCGAGAAAACCCAGCAGCUGUUCAACGAGCCGACCGUUCGACAGCUACGUCAGGAACUGUAUAUGGCGCUGCCCGAGAACGUGAAGAAAACGCAUGCAGACGUGCUCGAGGCGUACGAAAAGGGAGGCAUUCUGAAGCUCGUGGAACUCGGUUGUCAACUCGCCCUUCCAGUGAUCCAGCAACUGGCACAGAAGAUCCUCGAAUUGUGCAUCUGGCUCGCAGAGCACCGAGAGGAAAUUGCGGGAGCUCUCGCAGGCGUGUACCAGACUGUCCGCAGCAUCGUUCUCCAGCUUCAGUACCGCCUGAUGACGGAAGUGAUGAAGAAUGUGCCUGCCUUGAGUGCACUUCGCAACGAGAGGUCUUCCCAGGCGAUGUUGCCCUUCUUGCCGGCCUUCGCUGCAGCUGACUCUGCGUCUACGCGGAGCAGUGGCUCGCUUUCCACCUCGGUCUUCAGGCCGUCGUCUGCGUCCACCGCGCCUGCGACACCGGCGAAGGACUUGCUGGCGAAGCCCACACAACCUGCGGCGAUGUACAGCGGCCGCACCGUGCCGCAGUACCAGUACUCGUACGUCCCCGUCGUUCCACGCCAAGGGACUUCUGCCCCAGCGUUGUCUCGGACUGGGACUUACCGGCUGGCGCCAACCGCAGGAGUGCGAGAGGCAGCCAAAAAGACUGUUGUCGACGCGACGCUGAAGCCAGCGAAGCGGGCGACGUCCGCAUCGUCGUCGGUAUCUGCCUUCUUCUCGUCCCUGUUUGGACAAAAGGAAGAGACGCCUGUGGUCGUCGCCCCGUCGUUCGACGUCACGUCGUUCCCCGUCGCCUACACUGCCCCCGUCGCCGGUGCGUCUGUCUCCGGCCAGAGACCGCAGAUGCAGACGAUCGCGCUCUCGAACACCAAGGCUGUGUCGGGGUACGCUGUGAGGAGCUAUGGCUUCAACUACGCGAAAAAGGACGCUCAGUGCGUGACUUGUGGCCAGCCUGUGCCCGUGUCUGGACUCCCCUCGUACGGACCUGUGAGCCAGACGCAGACUGCAGCUGCUCCCAAACUCAAGGCGGAGGCCAACGCGGCAGCACUGCCAGCUGAUGGUGCCCAGGCCGUGGAGACACCCGCGAACUAAACAGAAGUCGGUCAAGACCGCGCACGAUGAAAAGAGUGUGGACGGAGAGAGUGACCAGCAGUGACAAGAAGUCACAAGAAAUGACAUGAAUUGAGAACGCGAACGAAGAAGUGAGAGGCGCUGAGAGAAAUAAGGAACAAGAGCUGAGACAAAAGGAGAAAAUAUGCAUGAAGUGACAAGAAGCGCCGCUACGGCAGAGGCGGAGACAACGAGGUGCACAAGACGAGGUUACAAAGCAACAGGAAAUGGCAUGAAACGGGGGUGACGAGGAGGGGGGAACGAGCGAUCGACUGGAUCGUUUCAUCACAGCCGACUCUCUUCAAAGGUUGAAUAGGCGGUGCGCUUAUUAGUGGGGGGAACUGGAUAAAGGAGGCAGGCAAGGUGAAGCAGUUAGUUCUUCUCUGUUGGUGGAAAGCGAGAAAAAGAGCGAAUGAAUGGAGGGAGGAGGUGGAGACUUGGGAAACGCGGAAUGUUUACACGUGGGAAGUUUCUGCUGUUGGAUUCGAACAUUGUAUGAAAAGCACUUGUCGCGUCGUCCCCUAACUGCAAAAGGAAAGUUUUUCCGUGUGCCUCCCUCCAGUGCGGUCGCUUGUAGUUGCGCUAGUGUGUAUGAGGAAUGGUUAAGAGGAUACGAGACACUGCGGACGGAGGGAAGGUGCUUUUAUGUCUGAGGGCUCGACUGUGCAACAUUGUGUGGAUCUGCCGUCUGGCUGGUCAGCCCGUCCAAAUGGACAUAUCUGCGCAUGUUUGAUUCAGUGUUACUUGGUCUGUCGGUUGUACCAUAGGACGGCGGCAGUGAAGUUCUCUACGUUUUGCGUACCUUUCCUGCGUGUAGCCUACCUCAAGCGGUAGCUCACUGUGCGCCUCCUCUCGGGAGCAGGCAAACGGGAAAAACGCAAAAACACGCCCGGGAACAGUGGGUGUGAGAAAAGGAGAGAUGAGGGCCGAAUACGCCAGGACGGGGGGGGGGGGGGCGGCAUGCGUAACGGUGAAUGUGAACAUCCUGAGAAGUCCAGAAAUGAGAAAACGAAAUUCUUGUGUCGUGUAUCAGCUUAUGCAUCGAGAGAGGAAGAGCCAGACAAACGAGAACGCGUGCUCCGCAACUUCCGUCGGACGUUUCCUAUUUCCGGUGUGAAAGUACUCCGACUGACAAAGGAUCAUUGCGAAAUGUUAACCAGGGGUGCGGGCGGCCGAGGGAUAAGGAUCAGGAGAGGAACAGGAAUGCGUGUCUCCGUAUGCAGUAGUUGUUGCCCGUUUCGUAUCCCCUGCAUAAGUAUUUCGCUGUCUCCCUGUGCGCUUGAAUUUCAAACAUGCACGGAUUUUGACCGUGACGGGCCUCCGCCAGAUGACGAACCGGGAGUGCACCAUGAUGUGGUGGCCUGUGUAGAUGAGCAGCGGUUGGGUGACCGUUUUUUAUCCCGUAGAAAGGCGCAGGGAUUGGGGCUAUUCCUUUCUCAAGCAGGAACCCGUGUGCCCGUGUCUUAGAACGAAGAAACACUGACGCUUCUCUGCUGUUCCAAAAGAGACAUGCCGAGAAAGUCGAUCAUCAUGUGGUCACGCGUGCGGCGCACGCAUGUGUGUGUACAUGUGUAUAUAUGCGUGUGCGUGUACAUCGCCCGCUUACCGAUAUGGAGAGAACUGUUUUCUCUCUGCAGAGGACAGUACAGUGGCGGCAGACAACUCUUGUUUGCGUACCUUCAUGCAUGAUGUAACAUACAAUAUCUGUAGCGAAAUGGUACCCAGGGGUGUCUGUAUAAACAGGCACGUUGUGGCGUACAGAGAUAUGCGUAGGUCUUCGUACUGUUUCAGGUGCUGCGGGACGGGAAUUCGGUGGCUAUUGAACGGUAGAGGACAGGUAACACACCGACAGCUGGGACAGAAACCGUCGAGGAAGCUGGCGUAGCCAUACUGUGACCGUGCUACUCUGUGCAUGAGGGUCUUAGCAGGGAAGGUCAAUAGCUAGUCUUCAGCAGCAAAUAUAUUACGUAUGAGCACAAAUACGCAUGCACAAAGCGUAAAUGCACACGACCAGAUGUUUCCCCGUGUGAACAUACAUUCUGUACACAAAUGUUUAGAUCUUCGUACGAGACAGAUGUAUAUUCAACGCCAACCGUACCAGCCUAAAAUCGUACGUGCCCAUGAGGGCCGGCUCAUGAACUCGUGGAGUGCGUGUAAAGCGAUCCAACCAUUUU